UAAGGCACGGCCAUUUUCGCGGGCGGAGGCGGCCCGAGCGGGCGCUGGGAGAGCAGGGGCGGGUGGGCCUCGGCCACCGGGUAAUCGCAUCUUCCCCGGCGUGUCGUUGCAGAAGGAGCAGUAUGUCCGCGGAAGUCCCUGAGGCAGCCUCCGCGGAGGAGCAGAAGGAAAUGGAAGAUAAAGUGACUAGUCCAGAGAAAGCUGAAGAAGCAAAAUUAAAAGCAAGGUAUCCUCAUCUGGGACAAAAGCCUGGAGGUUCAGAUUUCUUAAGGAAACGAUUGCAGAAAGGGCAAAAAUAUUUUGAUUCUGGAGAUUACAAUAUGGCUAAAGCAAAAAUGAAGAACAAGCAGCUUCCUACUGCAGCUCCGGAUAAGACAGAGGUCACUGGUGACCACAUUCCCACUCCACAGGAUCUUCCUCAGCGGAAACCAUCCCUUGUUGCUAGCAAGCUGGCUGGCUGAUUAAAAGAGCUGAACUGCAUGAAUCUUCUAAUUCCCGUUAUUUCUCCUUAUUAUGUUACUUCUCUGCUUUUUAUUUCCUUUCAUUCACUAAGUCAUUUGCGAAUGACAGCUUUGCAGGUAGCGGUAGUGUGUGCUGCUAUUGUAAGGGAAUAUAUGUUUGUAGAUUUUUUGAUUAGUUUAACAGUGCACUGAUAAAAGAACAGGUUAGAGCAACAUAAUCUACUUGAAAAUAAUUGUAUAUAUUACCUAACUUCUAGUGUAGGACUGGUUCAACAAGUAACAAGCAAGUUUUUCAAUUGUAAUGUGUUGGCUUUCUUUAAUUCAUCUUAAUUAUAGCUUUGUAUGUUACUCUUAUUUAAUAUAACCUCUAUUGUAUUGAUUUCUUCUGUAUUUUCCUUUUGGAUUUUGUAAAACAGAAGUUUAAGACCACAAGUUGGAAGAAAGGUCACAUUCUUUAAACAAAAGUACAUGGGGCUCUGAAAGAUUUGUAUCUCUGUGAUUGAACUUGAAUGGCCUUAAACCUGUUUCAGCUUUAACAAUAGAAUUUUACUUGGGCAAUAUUUGCCCAUUCUGGUGUAACUUAAUGUGACUCUAGUGCUUAACAGCUGCCAUUGAAGCUAGUAUUCUUAUUCAGUUCUAUAAUGUUAGAAUAUCUUUUGUUGAAGAUGUGAAUGAAGUGUGCAUGUGCAUCAACUUUUGAAUUCACUUUUGUGCCAUUUUUGUAAAUACAAUAGUUUUGCACAACCUCUCACAAAUGUCUGUAUUAAUUUCACAUACUAAAAAGUAGAUGAUGUGCCAACCAGAAGCACAAGAGUUCCUACACAAAACUCUGUAUGUCAUUAGAGCUUUUGUAUAGUAAGAGUAGUUUACAAUCUUGGGCUUAUAGAAUACGAAACUGAAAUUUUUGCUUAGUCUGUCAUAGACUUAAGCUUUUUCAUUUGUUACUAAUAUCCGUGACAUUCAGUGGCCUUGUGCAGAUAUGAUAUGUUGCUUAGGCAUAUCUUUUGUCCUAUGCAGAACAUUUCAUUUUGACUUUUAUGAAAAUUGCAAUUCAUGUAAUUUAUAUAAACUUUUUUAAUGUAGAAACUUUUUACUUCCACAGUCAAUUUGGGGGACACUAGAAUAAAAGGCUUCGAUACUCUGCCUCCUGUGGCCCUUCCCUCCUUUUCUUCUUGCCUCUUUGACUCAGAUCGUGUUCGGCUGUGCUGUUUAGUCUGUUCAGAAGCAUAAGUGUAUAUCCUCACUCUUAAAAUUUGCUCUAUAUUUUAUAACAGAAUAAUGUUUUUCUUCUAAUUUCUCAGUUGUUAAUUAACCACUCUUAAUCCUGUAUAAUUACUAAUAUUUGACACUUAAGUAAAGUGAAUUUUAUACUGAAACAAAUACUUGAGAAGAUUGGCCCAGGAACCCAUGUCAGGAUGAGCUGAUAAGUAAGCUAAGUGAAUUCUACUUGUGACACUUAGAGUCAUUUAUGUGGUAGGUGGAACAUACAUUAAAAUAUUAGAUAUUUUGCUUCUAUAGAUGUCACUUUAAUAAAAUAAUCAAUUUAAUCUUACUUGUGGUUUAUCUAGUUAGUAAAUAAUUUUAAUUAACAGACUUCAUUGGGAUAUAUUUACUGCUCUUUUAAGAGUUCUUCCCAUAGGUGAUAUGCUAUAGCAUGACAAUGAAGAUCAGUAGUCUGAGAUGAUAGUAUUUUUUUCUUUGUCUUUGACUUGCACAGGGCCUCGCCUCUUUUUGGAUCCAGGCAUCUUUUCUAGAUCUUGGCUCCAUCUGUGUACUUGCUUUCCUAUGACCCAAAUCAUUGUAAAUGGUGCCUUGAGCAUAGCACCUGCGCUUAAAGGCUGCCUAGUGCUCUCAGUAAGACUUGCUGAUUAUCUUCCUGCUCCACCCACCCCAAAAGGCAGAAAAGCAAUGAAAUCAGUAAUGUUCUAGUUUGUAAUUUUAAAGAUCAGUUAUAUAUAAACAUAUUUAUGAUGGGAGCAAGUAGAUUAUUCCACAAUAUGUAUGAUCGUUGUGGGAUCCAUUUAAGAGUAGGCAAUACCCCAAAGUAGAAUUUCUGUGAUAUCUUGUCUUUUUAAAAAAAUUUUUGGUGAAUACUUGCAAGCUGUCAACAUUAAAUUUACACAUCUGAGAUGAUUAAUCUGAAAGAUCACAGAGACCAUGUUAUUCUUCACCAUGAUAGGAUUCCUGCUAUAGUUUACAACAAGUGAUAAAACCUCUUAAGUUUUAUUUUGUAAAUUACAAUGCUGAUAUUUAACCUACCUCAAAACUUGUUGAGGAUCUGUGAAAUACUGAGUAAGUGCCCAAAAUAAAAUACUGUUGAUUGUCUUUUUAUUAAAAAUUUCCUCAUUAAACCAACCUGCCUUCUGUAAAGUCACAGUGCUUAAAAUCUCAGGAUUUUCCUUAGGAAAGACCUGUCAACAAGAAUUUGUAGGUAUAAUUGCUUAGCCUCCAUUAUUGGUGCUUGGGAUAGAGAGGUUUUUAAUUUUUCUAUUUUUUUGUUCUGCCUCAACUCUCAGUUUAUUGACAUUAUUUGCAGACUGUUUCACCAUUGCUUGAAUGAAGAUGUUGACUAGAUGAGUUUAAUUCUCCAUUUCUCUAAUUUCAGAGUUGUGGUUUGAAAAAUUGCUAAUUUUAAUUGUCUUAUUUAUUACAAAUGAAUAUUGGAGUGUACUGAAGUUGAGGGUAACAUAUUUCAUGAAAAUUCGCUAAUGUCUGGAAUAAAUUACCUGUUUUGUGUCCAGUAGCUCCUACUUUGGUGGUACACUUUGAGAAACAUUUCAUUUUUGGAGGUUACAUCUCACUAAAACAAUUACCGUUCUUGGCAUGUUGGGAUAGUAAGAAUUGUUGGAAUGUUUUGAUGAACUGGCAGCAGCAUGUUUGCAGUCUAUUUACAAGUUAUUCAAUACUCAUGUGCUGCUGACCUAAAAAUAAGUCUUAACUAUUCAUCACGGCAGGCCGAGUGAGGCCUCUCUACUUGUUCUUACUUCAAAAGUUGGAAUUAGUUGCUCUUUUUACUUGAUGUAACAAAACCAUACUUGUGAAGUUUUAUCAAAGCUGAAAUGUAAUCUCUGCUUAAAUUGUGCUGUGAAUUUGGUGUUUGGUGAUCCAGAGGCAGGUAGCCUAUAGGAAGAGCACACUUGAGUGUCAACUAAAGGAAGUUUCUCUGGUGGCCUUUUCACACUCCCCAGCAUUAAACACAUUUCUUGUACUUUUCAUUUUCCUUUUUCACCUCAUUUUACUUCACCCUGCCCCAUUUAAGCCUCCAGAUGGGUUUCAUUAAAUGGUAUUUAGGGCUGAUGAAUUAUCAUCCUUGAACGUCUUUCUCAGUAUGCCACAUUUAGGACACAUGUUUAAUUUUCUAAAACACUAUCCUAAUCUGGAUGACUAAUUUGAGCCGCUGUCCCAACUCUGCAACUCAGCAUGCACUGCCAGUCUUCUCACCCCCCCAUAUCCUUUCUCCCCCUAAUCCCCCACCACACCUUACAAAAUUGAGAUCAAAGAAAUCUCAUUCUGCGAUUGUUAAUUUAAGGAUUUAAAAACCAAUUUUAAUACUGUUUCACUAGUUUCGGCCUUUGAAGUAGGUAGACUUACGGGUUUUAUUCUGCAAAUUGCUGGUGGUCAUGAAACCAUUCAUGUUAUGUUUGUAUUAUGUUAUCAACCAAAUAACGUUUGGAAAAAACACCUGAUUUCUUUUAAUAAGCCCUCAGAUCUGUUACCACAUCUCUCAUUUGUGAUGCAAUAGGACACUUUGCCUGUAUUAAAAGGGCCAAGAGUAAAUGCCUUUUUUGUUGAACAUGUCUAUAGAGUUGGCAGUUAAUGCUGAAAUUUGUCAAAUAGCCCUUCCAAAAUUAUACUUGUGAAAUAUACAAAAAAAAUAAAUUGAUCUACUUAAUUUCUAUUCAUUUAA